AUUCUAACACUGCCCGAGGCCAUCUCCUCUGAGAGACAAAUCUUGGAGACCGCGCGGUGAGCGGGCCUCCAUGUCCUGGGCACAGCUGUCGUCAGCCAAGGUCGCCUGCCCGGGGCAAGACCAGCGGGUCGCAGCCCACGGGGGUCUCAUGGCGUCGGCGCUGAGGUACUCCGGGCAGCUGUUGUCGCUGAAGUGAGAAUUACUGUGUUGAUCUGGAGAUGGAGGCCCAGAGAUGAGGUGGCUUUCACCUUUGAGGAUGUGGCUGUAGUUUUUACUCAAGAAGAAUGGGGGCAGCUGGCUCCGUCUCAGAGAACCCUGUACCAGGAGGUGAUGCUGGAAAACCGUGGGCUUCUGGUCUCUCUGGGUAUCCUGUUCCCAAACCUGAGCUGAUGUGUCGGCUAGAGCACAGGCAGGAGCUGUGGCGGGUGAUGAAAGACCUUUCCGCAAGCAUCAGUGCAGGUAACAAUGGAAAAACCAAGACCACAGAACUUACCACGUGUGAGUCAGCCCUAUCUAAGGGAGUCUCAUGCCAAGGCAAGUUCACAAAAGAAGUCUCAAAGGACUCCCAGUCAGUGCAAACUCCUGAUCAAAUUGGUUCCUCGGAAAUGCAGCAAGGAUACUUUCAAACAGGGAUAGAGCCCCAGAGCAAGCUGCUUCCUGGGAAAAUCAGCCUUGGCGGUGAUAGCUUCGGGACAGUGAAGACAUGUAUGCGUUCAAGGGUUAGAUGGAAGCACGUCUCUUCAGGAAAUGCCAUCCGUAAUUGUGACUCGCAUGAGUCGGAUGAGGACCCUGUAAUUCAGGAGGAGGAAAGUGUCCCCAAAUGUCAUCAUUGUGGCAAAGUAUUCAGCAAGAAGAGCCUGCUUGCUCGGCAUGAGAGGAGUCACUCUGGAGUGAAGCCGUACGAGUGUACUGAGUGUGGGAAGGCCUUCAGCAAGAGCGCAUACCUUCUUCAGCAUCAGAUGGUUCAUAGUGGGGAGAAGCCUUAUAACUGCAUGGAGUGCGAGAAGGCCUUCGGCCGCAAAUCCCACCUCACACAGCACCGGCAGAUCCACAGUAGGGAGAAGCCGUAUAAAUGUGACCAAUGCGGCAGGGCUUUCACACACCGCUCGAGCCACACUGGAGAAAAACCUUUUGUCUGCAAAGAAUGUGGAAAAGCUUUUCGAGACAGGCCAGACUUCAUUCGCCACUACAUCAUCCACAGUGGGGAGAACCCGUACGAGUGCUUUGAGUGUGGACAGGUCUUCAGACUCAGGUCCUACCUCACGUGGCACCAGCAGACACACACUGGGGAGAAGCCGUACGAGUGCAGUGAGUGUGGGAAAGUCUUCCUGGAGAGCGCAGCCCUGGUCCACCACUAUGUGAUCCACACCGGGGAGAAGCCCUUUGAGUGCCUCGAGUGUGGCAAGGCCUUCAACCACAGGUCCUACCUCAAGAGGCACCAGCGCAUUCACACUGGGGAGAAGCCGUUCGUGUGCAGCGAGUGUGAGAAAGCCUUCACCCACUGCUCUACUUUCAUCUUGCAUAAAAGAGCCCACACUGGAGAGAAGCCCUUUGAGUGCAAAGAAUGUGGGAAAGCCUUUAGCAGUAGAGCUGACCUUAUUUGCCACUUCAGCAUCCACACUGGGGAGAGGCCCUAUGAGUGUACCGAGUGCGGGAAGGCCUUCAACCGUAGGUCAGGACUCACGAGGCACCAGAGGAUUCAUAAUGGGGAGAAACCCUAUGAAUGUGUCGAGUGUGGGAAAACUUUUUGUUGGAGCACAAAACUCAUCCGACACGCCGUCAUCCACACGGGAGAGAAGCCCUAUUAAUGCAGUGACUGUGGGAAGGCCUUCAGCCGCAGCUCCUCCCUCCCUCACCAUUGAAGGAUGCACACUGAGAGAAACCCUGCCGGUGAAGCAGAUGAGGAAAGAAAGGCCCUUCACAAGUGGGCAGACUUCUGUCAACAUCCAAGAACUUCUAUUGGGAAAUAGCUUUUUUAAUGUGACCACUGAGGAAAAUCUUUUCCAGACAGAAGCAUCUUACAUAGCACGUGCUAAUUCAUACCAAAGAGAAACCCCACAAGUGUCUUCACUGUGAGAAAACUUGUCACAGAUUGCUGCUUGUCAUAUGAAAACAUUAGAUAGUGAGCCGAGAAUGUAGGAAAGACACCAGUGGGCACUUUGCACUCAUGAAAACCUUCAACUGUAUCUUUCUCCUACUUUGAAGUGUGGUGUUAGCUCAGGAGUUUUUGUGAGGAGGAGGUGACAUAGGAAUGAAAACUUUAAGCACCGUUUUCAUGCUGCCCCGCUAAGUCUUUGGCAUUUGCUAGUGAAUUUCUAAUGUGGGUGGAGAGAACUUUGGGUUAGGGAGUAAAGGAGUAAAGGACCUCGACCCUUUAUAUAUCUUGUGUUUGUGUAUACAUACAUACAUACAUACAUACAUAUAAAGAGAGACACUAUAUAUGAAUAUAUAUAUAUAUAUUUUCCUGGCUGUCCAGUAUUUAAAAUUUGAGAACAAAUCUAUAAACUUACUGAAUAUUUACCUUUUUCCACAUAAUUCUGCAGUAGAUCAUUAAUUAUAUGAGAAAUAUGGAAGCAUAAGUUAUUAAAUACUUUAAGGAUGUAAGGGAAGGUAGAUGUGUGUGUGUGUGUUUCUGGGACCAAACCCAGGGCUUUUGCCAUGCCAGGCAUGUUGCAAAUACAUACAAAUGGCCACUACUUAUUGCACCACAAAACUUUCUGUGUCAUUCCAAACACGACUCAGAAUUUGUAUCGAUUCCCAACUAUUGGGUUACUUAAUUGCCAAAGCUAUAUAGUAAGUGUCAAAAUUGGUUAAGGUGAUUAUUUAAAAUUGGUUUAGCACUAUUUUUUUAAGUCUCUAUAUAUGCUUCAAUAUAUGUCCUUCUGGUUUUAUAAAAAAUGAGAUCUUGUCAAAAUUUAAUAGAAGUUGGGUUAAAUCUGUGGGUCAUUUUUUUGAGCAUUAAUGUCUUUGUUUCAAAUCUUCAACUCAACAACGUGGUCUGUCUUUUCAUUUAAGUAUUUCUUCACUUAUUCCAUUCCUAUUUUAUAGUUUAAACCAUAUAACUUCUGAACAUUUUAGGGCUAUUUAUGUCUUUUAUUUUUUAGAAUUAUAAUUAUGAUAUUUAAAAUUUGAAUUUCUGCAUGGUAUUUGGUGUAGUAUACAAAACGGUCUUUUUUUCCUGAGAUGUGUUUGUUACUGAGUGUUGGAAUUCAUCAAAUGUGUGAAUCAAUGUGAUGAUGAGUUGUCUGUUGAUGUGAUGUUUCACAUUAAGCUUUGAAUAUUAAACCAGACUUGUAUUCUGAGAAUAGCCAUACAGUUUACUUUUGUUAGAUUUUGUAUUGUUAAUACUUGCUAGUAUUUUAUUGAAAUUUUUCUAACUUCCUGAGUGAUGCAUUUGCUGUCAUCAUCGUCUUGUUUGACAUUGUCUAGUGUCAGAGCCGUACCUGUCUUUCAGUAUGACUUGGGGAUUAUGUCUUCCUCUUGCUUAUUUGGAAAAUGGUUUGUAAAAUUGGUGCUAUGUCUUUUUGUAAUGUUUUGUAGCAUUGUCCAGUGAAUCAUUCGUCUUGGAGAUUUUUUGAAUGUCUAACUUUAUAUUUAUUUUGUUUACUAGGUCCAGAACUAAUGAUUUUUUUUUUUUUUUUUUGCUUUUUGAGAUGGGAUUCACUGUGUAGCCCUGGCCAUCUGGAACUUGGUCAGUAGAUCAGCUUGACCUCAAACUCAUAGAGAUCUGCCUGCCUCUGCCUCUUGAGUGCUGGGAUUAAAACUGGUACUGCCACCAGAUAGAAUAUUUUAUAUUGAAUGAAAUUUCUGGUACUUUUCAAAUUUUUGAUGUUAUAUAAAAAUUUAAGUUUUGCAGCAUUGUUUAAAAGGUUUUUUUUAAUUUUCAUUUUUGUUUUUGAGACAAAGUCUCACUGUGUAUUCCUGCUAGCUUUGAACUCAGCAGAGAUCCACAGCUUCUCAAGCUCUGGAAAUCCUGGCCCUGAUGUAUCUUCUUACUAUCCUUUUUCCACAGGGGAAUCUAUAUUUAAACAUAGCUUUAUUCCUGAUGAGGAGAAAAGCAAGGUCAGUCAUGCAGCUAGAGCAGCCUAUUCGUGCCUCAUCUCCCCAGACUUACACAGAGGGAUGACCGCGUCUCAGCAGAAUGACUCUCAGCAGAGUUCUGUCUUUGAGAGUGGAUCCCUAAUAGCUGAAAAUCAGAGCUGAUUCUCAGGGCCGGCCAGUAUUUAGUCACUUUCACUCUCAAUUUUCUGGGAAGUUCUUGUUGAAACAGUACUGGGCCAAUAUUCAUACACAAAUGGGCAAUUAAAAUAUAAUUGAAGUAACAUUAUUAUGAGAUCUUAACAUUUGCUUGAAAACAUUUGGCAUUUGAUUAAAGUGUUAUAUUUAUGUAUUUGUUUAUUUGUUUUGAGACAGGGGACAGGGUCUCUCUACAUAGUCCUGACUGUCCUGGAACUUACUAUGUACACCAGGCCUCACACUCAGAGAGAUCUGCCUACUUCAGACUUUACAGUGCUGCUGGGAUGGAAGAUAUGUACCGCAGCACUUUGUCCUCAGUCUGUCAAGACUGCGGCAUUUCUGCUGCCUUGACAUGUCAAGGUAAGAGUGUUGAGAACUGAAAACAGCAAAGUGUGUCUGAGGACAAAAGUGCUGUUUUAAGUUUAAAUCACUAUGCUUAAGAAAUCUAUAAAACAAAAAUGCCUCUAACCUGAAAGCCGCAUUUGCCCAAGGACCGAUAACUUCCUGGAAUGCUGGGGGGUUGUUGCCACAUGUUUUCACUCCUGUAAACAAGGCUGGUUGCCCCAACUGCACAGGACGUGUUUGAUUACACUGCAUGGGAGGUACAUAAGCAGGAAGUAUGUCAGGAUGUAUGCUUGCCCCCGACUGGUUGAAGGUAGGGGUUUUGUCUUUAUACGCCUCUGACUAAUGUAUUUUGGUGCUACAGGCUGGGAAUCCCAGGUACGGACCUGGCCAAAUUCAGCUCAAAAAUUGUGGUAGUAGCCUUAUUCUUGCCCCCGCGGGAUUAGAAGACCCUUUAAAGACUUGAAAAAGGAAAGAGAAAAACAGCCCUCAAGGAGAGGCUAGGCUUCAACUUCCAGAGUGCCCCAUACCCCAGGUGUUUUCUGUAUGUGUUUCCUCAUCCCUUUCUUGACUGGCUGAUGCUGUCUGUUCACAUCUGCCUGUUUAAGACUUCCUGCUGCUGUCUGUAGAACUGGAGAUUUUUCCUGCCUUUUAAUUCUUUAAGUGGCAGAGAAAGUAAGGCUUGAUUCAGAUUUGACUCAAAAACUGCAUUAAAAACACCUAACUCUC